UCCUCUUGGACUCGGAAAUGCUCAGUCUGGAGGCGACCGGGGUCUGGCUCCUCAUUGGGCACGCCUUCUCUGGUCCCGCCUCCGUGGUCAAGGCCGCCUCUGAUUGGCGAGUGGUCGGGCGCUACGCGGAGUCAGGUCAGGUCGCGUGGGCUCGGUUCGGCGGCCGCGGCGCGGGUCCCCACCAGGGACCCUUUGCCUCCUGGAGAAGCCCCUCUGAACGUCUCGGGCUCCCUGCCCUGCGGAAGUGCUGUGCCGGGUUCCAGUUCCGACGCUGCCGGUUGGUGAAUUACUUGCUGGUCAUCAGGGGGAAAUCAUAAUGACUGUGGAAAGAUGUGGCCUCUCCCAUCUUAGCCUAGAUGAAUCUUACCACCACUGAACGUGGGCCGUGACAUUUUUGUGUCUCCAGCAUCACCUGUGAGUUUUGUUUCCAAAAAUCUUUAACUUCAACAUCAUAAAGCAGGAACUACAGGAUUGAAGGGGGAAAAAAAUGACACCAAGAGGAAAAAUCUAAAGCAAACGAUAGGACGGACUGCAGAGCAAAUAGCUUAGCCUCUUAAAUUAAGCCAGUGUCAUUUAAUGAAAUAAAGUCCUUCGCUGCUUUUGCUGGGCUGCUGCUCGUCUGGAACCAUGGUGCCCUCGCUGUGGAAGGGGCUGGUGGGCGUCGGCCUUUUUGCUCUAGCCCACGCAGCCUUCUCCGCUGCGCAGCAUCGUUCCUACAUGCGAUUAACAGAAAAGGAGGAUGAAUCCCUGCCAAUAGAUAUAGUUCUUCAGAUACUUCUGGCUUUCGCAGUUACCUGCUACGGCAUAGUUCAUAUUGCAGGGGAAUUUAAAGACAUGGAUGCUACGUCAGAACUAAAAAAUAAGACAUUCGACACAUUAAGGAAUCACCCAUCGUUUUACGUCUUCAAUCAUCGUGGUAGAGUACUAUUCCAGCCUUCGGAUACAACAAAUUCUUCAAACCAAGAUGCAUUGUCUUCUAACACAUCCUUGAAGUUACGAAAACUUGAAUCACUGCAUCGUUGAGAUUUUUACAAAUCAUAACAACAGGACAGGACACAGAGCUGGGAUAUUGGCGUUGGGGGUCUAUAAAACACCUCCCCCCAUCGAUACUUACCUUGAUCUUUCAGACCUAAUUUUUAAAAAGUUUAUGCCCCUGGUUUUUAUACUGUUAAAUCAUUGAUGCAGUAUAAAAUAGCUAUGAAAUGAAUCUUGGAUCUUUUUUUCCCAUUUAAAACAAAGAGUUCUUUUUCCCCAUUUAAAACAAAUAGGCAUCUUUUGUAAAAGUCACUGUUUUGAACACAUUUCCUUGAAAAAAAAUGUUGAUGUGUUUGUACUUGUUUUCUCAGAUUUCGUUUCCUUUGCACUACAGUUUUUAGGACCCUUUUGGAAACUGACUGCUGCAUUUUGCUGCAUGAAUGAUAAUAAAAUGGUCUUCAGCUCUUAACAAGUGGACUUCCCUGCAGAGAUUUAAAAAGGUGACAUCAGUUUUUGUAGGCCCUCUAAAAAGGGGCUCUGCUUCAGGAGUUACUUGCCAGAUUUUAAUUUAUCCCUCACUUCUCACCCCACCCGACUCCCAUAUACCUUCUAACGUCAGCUAUCUCGUGGCAUCACUGGAGUUCCGUGUGCAGUGAGCAAUUUUUGUGUCAGAAAUUCUUUGUCAUAACAAAUGUACUUAACAAACUCAACUCGCUGUAAAGCUACUUGUAUUCUCUUUGUUUAUCUGUAAAAAAUGUCCCUAAUUGGUUAUGUAGUGUAAGAAUGUUGAAGAUACACCAAAAAGACCCUUUGGGAUUUAAUUAUCCUGUUUAUGUAGAAGAAGAAGAAUCACUGAGGAAAACUGAUUACUUGUCAUUAGCCAGUUUAAUUUAUUCAAAUUCUGUUAUUUUAUUGCAUACUAUACUAGUGAAUUAGUAAAAAUAAACUUCUCAUUAAAGGAAUUGGGCCCAAAAUGGUCUAAACAUUUGGAAAUACUAUCUUUAAUUUUUUUUUUCAUUAAUAUCAUUUAAGAAUUUUUUUGUGGCUUCUGACUUGUAGCAGGCUUACAGUUUUCCAUCUUCACUGUAUGUUGCUGAAGAUGAUACAGAGUAGUACUUUUUUAGGAACAGUAAUUUUAGUUUUAGGGAAAUUUGGCUAGCCUUUUGAUCUGCAGAAAGCUUAACAUUUCUUGGUAGAGAAAUUUUAUUGAAUUCUCAGGUAUGAAAACAUUGCUUAUGUGGAAUUGUAUAGAUGUAAAGGGAAUAACUAUGCAGAUUUGAAAAGGAAAUGAGCUUUAGGCAAGAAUCAUAUGAUGCCCUUAGGCUUGAUGGCAUUUUUUCCACUAGAAACGAACCUUAGCGCUUCUGUUCUGCCUGGAGACACAGCCCCAAAGCGGGAGAUUAUUUUGUCAUUGGGCUUCUAUUGUUUUAUUUAGUUUUGUUUUGCCAACCUCGUCUGCCUGUGGAAUACUAGCUCUGCUCUCUAAGGAGAACAAAGUUGGAAAUCUUCUGAUAACCUAGAAUAACUUAGAAGUGCGUUAAAGAGGUGAAGUCGGGGGUUAAAAGUGGUGAUAAAAUCAAAACAGUGUGUUCGAAACAGCUCCUUAUAUUCCUUGGGGAUGACUAGAUUCCCAAGGGCCUCUUGUUGUCUUUUCUUGGGGCUGUGUUCCUUUCCUAAUAAGCUUUCAGAACAACUUUAUUAAGAUAUAACUCACAUUCCUUAUAAGUCACCCACUUAAAAGGUACAGUUCAGUGGUUUUGUAAUAUAGUCACUAGUUGCGCAGCUAUGACCACAGUCAAUUUGAGAACAGUGUUAUCUGUCACCCCCAAAAGAAACUGUAACUCUUUAGCAGUCAUCUCUCAUUUUCCCCAAUGCCUCCCAGCCCCAAGCAACCACUAAUCUACUUUCUGUCUGAUUUGCCUCUUCUGGUCUUUUAAAUGGAUUCGUUCAAUAUUUGGUCUUUCAUAACUGGCUUCUUAAAUACAGCUUUGUUCUAUGGAGAGUGAGAACUUAUCUUGAGAACUGUGACUGCUGUGAAAGGAAGUGUGGUUGGUGAAAUCAGUAGAUGUAAGACGAAGGGUCAAAUUUUAUUUAUAAUGCUAUAAAACAGUCCAUGACUACCUAGGGUAGUCCCAAAAAUGUGAUGCAAGCUAGUUCAGUCUGCAGUGGACUAUUGAAGGCUCUCUAGAAUAUGGGAAGACUCACUUCUUAAUAACCAGGGAACCAGCUACAUGCGAUGGGCUAAUAACCCAUCUGCACAAGUGCAGAUGUAUGAAUCAGGCCAUAAUGCCCUGUAACUCCCUUUUUCACACGUCCUCCAUCCAAAAAUGGCUUCUGUGGUCAAAGCUGGAAAAGACUGUGUUGUUCACUUCCUCUUGGAGAGUCCAGAGUCCAUGACCACAGGGAGGAAUCUGAGAAUACCGGUAAUGAAGAAACCUGCUGCGCUCUGUUCAGUCCUGACUUUCCCAAACCUUUGGUGUCGGGAAGCAUGUUACCGAGCAUGUGGGAAAUGCCUGGAUUUUUGAAGGAUGAUUGCUCGGUUCUUGAAGAAUCAUAUUAACUAAACCCUUAAAUUAUCCAGAAAAUUGAAGACAAGCAAUGAUGUUAGCUAGAUGUUAUUUAUUGGUUUAAUAUGAUUUCAAAGCCAUUUGUUUAUGACUUAAACGAAGUUGUUUUAACCUAUCUGUUUAUGGCCUAGCAACUUAAGAUGACAGCUUAUCUCCUCUGUUGAUAAGCUGUUAGCAGCUCAUCUGCUAGGGACCCCGCUGGGGCUUAUCAAUAACAUGUGGAGAAGCGACUAUAGCUAUAUUAGUAUUAUCUAUAGUCUUAGUUUUAUAGAGUAUUUAGAUGAUACAUACAGUAUGUGAGGACUAUUCAAGAGUCAGUCUGGGCAAGGCGCACUUUGCUGAGCUAGCGCCCUGAAGACCUUGGGGCAUUCCUGUCUUUGUGAGGCGUUGCCUCACAGACAGUGGUGAUAAAGCUUGCAGUGACCCCUUUGAGGAAUCAUCCUGCCCACUACCACGUUCCUUAGCAACGUGCUCUGGCAACAGUGGACUUCUCAUUUUGUGCUGGCAGCUGGAAGUCAGCUCCAGGUUGGUUAAGGGUGGCCCUCCCCAGUGCCUACUUGUAGAAACAGGUCCACUUCAGCUAAAUUUGGGCAUUAUUUCUCUCACUUCCCCUUGCCUGGAUAAGAGUAUAAUUAACCUAGCAUUGCUUUGGCUUAAGUUACUACCUUUUUAAGAGACGUUAUCCUGGAUGCUAUGCGCUUGUGACAUUCCCUCAAUGAACCGGUGUUAAAUAAAUGGCUGGCAAAGACAAAA